CUGCAGGGAGUGAGAGGGAUACUAGUUACAAAUAGGACCUUGAGCAAGGGAAGUCAAAAACCCCUAGUUUCCCAGGGUCUGCUUGGGACUUGUCCCUCGCCUGGACCCCUGGCGGAGCUCCUGCGGCGCCACCCCCGCGGGGUGCAGGGCUGCCUGUGCUGGCCGGGUGAGGUGGAGUGGGCGUGGCGGCGGCGGCGGCGGCAGCGGCAGCGGCCUCCGGCAGCGCCUUCGCAGCUAGGAACUGCACGUCCGCUGUGCUCCCUUGCUGGCUCGCUCUGGAUGCGGGGCUGCCUAGACUCAGCCCGAGCGCUUUCAGCUGGGUUUGACUCCUGUGGCUUCCCGUCUCUCCGAACCGGCACCGCCGCGGCCGGAGUCGCUGUAGGACCCGAGCCGUCGCCGUAGCCCGCUCCUUGGCUCCUCGGCCCCCGGUCCAGUCUCCGGCGGAGGCGGGGGCUGGGGGCGUCCACGAGAGCGUCCGAGCAUGUCUGGGGCCCGAAGGGUCAGUUUUUGUUUUUUCCUGAGAACUUGAAGACUUCACGAAAACCUAACAGGAGUUUUAGAUCUUGGACAGUAAUUCUGUUGCCUGGAUUCAGGACCACAGACAGCACCUGAUUGCUUUCAUGUAAUAUGAAAAGACUUCAAAUGGGAAUUAAAAUGGUUAGCCAAGAAGAAGUAGCUAUUCUUCAUUGUUGGAAAUGUGGAAAAUGUAUAGCAAAUUCUGGUUGUCUCACAAACUGUGUUGGAAAUCAGUUGUCAGAGCAGAAUGGUCAUGAUUUAGCUGCUAUACCUCAGAAUACUUGUAAUGUAUGGCACAUGAAUAUAGAAGCCCUUCCAGAAUGGAUGAAUUAUGCACUAGAAAAGGCACAUUGGACAGUUGGAAAACUGAAUUGCCCAUUUUGUGGGUCCCGUUUGGAGGGCUUUAAAUUCAUCAGCAGCCCAAAAUGUUCCUAUGGCCAAUUUGUAGCUGUACGUCUUUGCAAGAGCAGGACAGAUUAUCAGCCUAUUCCUGUAAUCAAACUAAUGAGACCUUCAGUAAAAUACUUGUCACUUUAUAGAGUUCAGUCAGGCCUCAACAAGGAGAAUACACUCAAAAGUACAGGUGUUGCCUGGAAGAACAGAAAUCAAGGGCUUUUAAACAUGGCCCAAAAUAAUAACGUUCCUGGAAGAUUAACUGAAGCUCUUUGCCUGGAGGUGCGAUCAACCAAUUUUGAGAGGAAGAGUGAAAAACUGCACUUCAAAGCAUUUAAUACAAAACACUGUCUUUUUGUUCCCCAGUCUGUGACUGACAGAUGCAGUAUAAGAGCUUUUCAUAGAAAAUCACAUAGUUUGGAUCUGAACAUCCGAGAGAAACUGGCCUUAUUGCCUACUUUAUAUGAAGCACAUGGUAAGAUUCCUGCCUGUAACAGGCUAAAUGAAACACAGUCUUUUGACCCUCAUGGCUUAUAUGUAGGUUCUAGUAAAAAUAAUCAUUCCUCUCCGGAUUCAUCCAGUUUUGAUGAUAAUGGGCUACUGCAAAGAUUUUCAGUGCCUUCCUGUAAUACUUUAAGACAAAGAGAAGAAGAAUUUCAGUGUGGUUUAGAGGCUUCCGUCAUACAUUCUCACCAUGAUACUAUUGAUGAACUGCCUUUCCGGAUGGACUUCCCUGUAGCUGUCAGUGGUGUGGAUGAGCCUGGUGACCAGGAGGAAGGCAUUUCAUCUAUUGGUUUCUUACAAUCUGCUGGUUUCUCCUUGGGUGCCAUUAACCAAAGGCUAAGUAAGAGAGAAAGAAACAAAUUAAAAAAUCUGAGAAGAAAGCAACAAAGACAUCAAAGAUGGCUCCAGAAACAGACUUUGAAUAAUGAUGUGAGUACAGAUGAUGAUAAUGAAUGUACAGAAGAAAAGGAAAGUUACAUCUGUGCUGUGUGUCUGGAUGUUUAUUUCAACCCAUAUAUGUGCUACCCUUGCCACCACAUCUUCUGUGAACCUUGCCUCCGGACCCUGGCCAAAGACAACCCGACGAGCACACCCUGUCCAUUGUGCCGGACAAUCAUUUCUAGAGUCUUUUUCCAGACAGAACUGAACAAUGCUACAAAAACAUUCUUUACUAAGGAAUACUUGAAAAUAAAGCAAAGCUUUCAGAAAUCCAAUUCAGCAAAAUGGCCCCUGCCAAGUUGCAGAAAAGCAUUCCAUCUCUUUGGAGGUUUCCAUAGACGUGCAGAUCCAGUUACAAGGAGACAGUUUCCACAUGGUGCUCAUAGAAUGGAUUAUAUGCACUUUGAGGAUGACAGCCGUGCAUGGUGGUUUGACAUGGACAUGGUUAUCAUCUAUAUCUAUUCAGUAAACUGGGUUAUUGGAUUCAUUGUUUUCUGCUUUCUUUGCUAUUUUUUCUUUCCGUUUUAGGAAUUUUCACAUCUUAAUAAAGUUGAACAAUUAUAUAAAGCCUUGAUUAUGUAAAUAGCAGUGACUUAAAGAAAAUAAGUCUUUUUAAAAUUUUCUGAAGUUUUUGUAUGUUACAGUAUAUUGAAUUAUUUCGUAUGUACAAAGCCUGGGAUUGAUGAACUUACCUAGUGAUGUUUCUCAUGUAGACAACAGUAAGCUAGUUGAACUUAACUCAAGAUCAAGACUAUCCAGUAUAGAGCACAGCACUGUUAAUCCCAUAAUAGUUUUUAAUAUAUUUUGUUUGCAUUUUUGCAAUUAUCACCCUUCUUUCCACAUUUGUCCUUAAUUUGGAAAGAUGCUUUCUCCUUUAAAAAAAAAACAGAAGUUUGGUAACACGCUGAAGCAUUAAUCUAGAUAGAGAACAUUCUUUAUUAUUUGAACACACAUAAUCACCAGUCAAUUCCUGAUUAUUCUCAGGCAAAUUAUCUGCCUUGAAGAGAAACCACCCUCCUCAGAAACUAACCCAGGAAAAAUGAAUUAUUUGAACUUCCAAGUUAUUGCCUCUCAUUAGCAUGGAUAAUUGGAAGCUGGCUAUCCUACAAUAGCUUCCUUUAGGCUCUUUUUUUUAUGUGAUUAUUUCAAGCACCAAAAGGGAAAAAAGCAAAGGACAUUGGGAAUAAUGCCCGCCAAUAAGAAGGAAAUAAAUGCCUCUUUUUAGGAAAUAACUCUUUUAAAACUCCUAGCUACAACUCUGUGACAUUAAGAAAUAAUUUGCUAAGUAAGCUUCAGUAUCCUAAAGAAGGAACACAAGGCCCCAAUUCAUUUACUUUAGUGAUUAAGUUUCUUAGGUGAGUUAAGUAAAAUAUGCUAUGAAUGUGCAAUAAAAAGUGAUGGUGAUGGUCCAUCACUGAUGGACUUCCUAGGACAAGGACUUGUUUGAAGCAAACAGCAGAAAUUGAUUUUCUUUCUAUAAAUUGUGACAUUUCUCUCUAUUCAUUACUGUAGAGUAACACCUGUAAUUUCUAACAGGUUCAAAAGCUUCAAAUGUUCUAUCACUACAGGUAGAGUUGAACCAGGUGUCCCCAUGAUAAAGCUAAAAAGCCUGAAGCACAAAGAAAGCUUGCACAUUGUAAGUCACACGAAGAGUAUUUGUGUGAGAAAAGAUUUCUAGUCUAAAGUGCUUCUCCCCCCCCCCCGAUUUUUUGUUGUCUGAAAUAAUGCAACAAGCCUAUUUCUGUUCUGGGUAGAUGGACUCAUUAAUAAGCUAGAAAUAGUCAAUUAAUGACAGCACAGAAAUAUUGAAGAUAUUAUGUUUUCAAUCUGCCUUAGUAAGAGAAAUGAAAAAAAGCAAGUUUAACAAGGCAUUUUUAAUGACAACCUCCCAUCUCUAGAUAUCCUUUACUCCAUCACUCUAGCCGAGCCCACUUAUCUUCAGUACAUUGUGAUAACUAUAUUUUAGCUCAGUUACUCACUCAUCAACAUGGAUUAUAUGAAUAUUUGAUGUUUUUAACAUAAUUUAAUAAUUUUAAAUUAAUGUUUUAAUUGUGUAGAUGAGGCAGCAUGUUAUAGUGAUUAGAGUGCUGGACAUAGAGGAAGCAAAACCUGUGUUCAUAUCCUGCCUCUGGCAGAAGUUUGAUCAACCCCAAUCUUUGUGUGUCUCAAGCACAUGCUAGGACUUAAGUACUAAAUCAUAAACAAAUUUGAUCUUCAGUCUGUGGAGGAAUUUCCCACACUGGAUGUUCUCCACACUGAAAAAAAAACCAUACAUGCUUCAUAUAUCAUAAUUUUGUAGAUAUAAACAAGCAUUAUUAAUGUAUACUAAAUAAUUAUAUUACAUGGCACUUUUUCCCCAAAUGCAUUUUUCACAUCUGUUAGCUCAUUUUCUCCUUGUACCAUCUGUAUAUAAUGCAGAAAUGGAAGAGGAAACCAAGGCACAAAGAAAACUUAUGACUUGUGUAAAGUCACACAUAGCAAGUCUAUGAUAAAACUGCUGAGUGUUCAGUCUACCUGACUUUCACCACAAUGCUCUUUCAAAUAGACCAUACUCAAAUAAAGUAUUUUUAAAAACUAAAUCUCAAUUUUAAUGUCUUCCGUGAAGUGGGAUUUUUUUCUUUCAUUCAUAGAAAUAUUAAAUAAAAUAAUGCCUAUGAAAGGCCCCUGAAGAACACUGCUUAGUAUUCAUUUAGUAAGCCAAAUAUUGGUGUUUAUAUGAGUCUUGAAAAUACUUUAAAGUAUUAGAUAUUUUUAAAAAAUAAAUGGCAUGAAGUGAACUAACCAGCAUGAUUUUAUUAAGAAUAAAUCAUGUUUUAGAAUGAGGUUGAUUAAAAAGCAAAACUGUGCCUCAGGAACAGACUUCUUAUUACAAGUCAUUUUAGAAUCUUGGGCAAUUGGGUAAAUGUCUUUCAACCUUGGUUUCCUCACCUAUAAAAUGAGAGUGGCAAAUUACAAAAAUGUCUGUUCUGUAAUGCACUUUGAGUCUAACGAUUUGUGUAAAUAAAUGAUUAGAGCAUA